AUCGUUAUUUGAUCUGCUUUGAUACUUUCAGCCCUGUGAGUCAUAUGGAUGGCUUGCAGCACCAUGGGGACCUUGCGGGAAAGUUUGCACAAAUGCCACAAGUUCACGGCUGGUUCAGUGUGUUGAUAGCCAGGGACAAACGAGGCCUGCCAAAUUCUGCAGGGGAUCCCGAAAACCGAUUGAAAAGAGUCCGUGUGUUGGCCGAGUUCAGACAACACUGCAGUGUGACCUAUGCAGCAUUAGAAGAAAUUGUUCAGGCAAUGGUUUUUGUAAGGAUGGUGAAUGCUCCUGCACUCGAGGAUGGCAUGGUAUCAACUGCGAAGUUCCUACCAGUUGCCGUGGAAGACUUGAUAACAAAGGCCGGUGCUGCAGAUCAGGGGUCGUGGACGGGAAUGGUCGAUGUUGCAAACACUCAAAGUCUGUCCUGGACAAGGAUGGUGUUUGCUGUGAGCAGGGAAAACUUGAUGCUUGUGGCGUUUGUAUGGGCACUGCAAGUGAGGCAGCAGGCCAUCGUCCUCGUGCGCUUGCCAUUAGAUCCUUUAUCACCAGCGUCACGCAGGUCCACAAGCAUUGGACAAGAGAGACAAGGUAGUGGAGAGGACAUAUGGGACAAGGCUAGGCGAAGCGAGCAGGGAAGGCCAGUAGAAGUAGCGGGAGAUGGUGUCGAAGGUUUUCUGGAAACCGAGGUGUCCUGCGGUCUUGGCGUCGUGGUGCUCGACCGAGAGUUGAGUACGGAGACCACGUGCGUCAGGGAUGCAAAGUCGGCGAGUGCCUUUGGUAUCAAUGUAGAGAAGGUUGUCGUGAAGGGAGUAGUCGGGGACGGGGUCAAGAUCGCGAAGCUUGUUGUAGAUGGUGGCGAAGUCUGGGCAAGAGAGGUAGCCUUGGCGGACUUGGGGUGGAGUGAUAUCUUUCUUGGAGAGGAUGGAGGAGACGAUGGUGUUGUCAGUGCGGAUGGUGAAGUAUUGCCCGUCGAGGUGCGGGCGCCAGACUGCGAGGGCAUGAAUCACGACGAGGAGUUCCUUCUCGUUGGAGGGGUAAUUCAUCUCCGCGGGAAUGAGCUUCUUGCUUGCAAAGGCGAUGGGGUAUUCGCCAGGUGGAGCCUCGGGGUGAGUGGGCGAGUCCUUGAUGGAAGGGGUCUCAGCGGUGUCGCGGGGGAAAUGUUGGGACAGUACAGCUCCAACAGUGAAGUCGGAGGCGUCAGAGGUGACAUAGAAAUGGCGAGUGGGGUUGGCGAUCUUGAGGACAGGGGCCGUGGUGAUGGUUUGCUUGACGGAAAACGUACAUUUGUUGAGCUUGGCGUAGAAUUUUUGCUCUCAGAGGAUCGAGAGGACUUGGCGGAGGUGCUGAAGGUGGGACUCGAAGGUGGGGCUGAAGACAAGGAUGUCAUCAAGGUAGACGACGACGCAGACUUCGAGGAGGUUGCGGAAGAUGUGGUUCAUGGUAGAUUGGAAGGUGGCGGGGGCAUUGGUGUAGUCGAGUUGGUUGUUGUCCUCAAGGAGGUAGUUGGGGGGGAGCUGUGGCAUUGCGGGGUAAACCCCGGAGGUGACUUGGGAAUAGGUGGGACGGAUCGUGGGGAUGGUGGUGGUGACUACCUGGAUGGAGGGGGUAGUGGUUUGGGACUCGAGGGCUUUGGAUGUGGGCACGGUCGUAGAGUGUUCAUCGAUUUCACUGACUUGGGUAGGACUACUCCACGAGGUAUGUGUCAGGUUAUGGUAUGUGUGGAUCGGUUCUCCAAAUAUGCAAAGUUCAUCCCCUUACCAGCUGAGGCUCGUGUGCCAGCCGUUCAGGUGGCAUUUGCUGACAGGUCGGUCGAUGCUCGUGGAAAGUGCUGUUCCAGCCUGAGGGAUGAGAUGGGGCUCUGCUGCUCUGGGAGUUCACUUGACGAGUGCAACAUAUGUGGAGGCGAUGGGACAAGCUGUGCAGCAGUUGUUUCUCUCACACUUCUUGUGCAGGAGCCUACUGUUCAUGCAGAUGUCCGUCUUGGACAGACAUCAGCUAUCAGGAGUGCUCUCAUUGUUGAGAUGAGCAGGGUGUUGGGUAUCGGCUGGGAUGGAAUCAUUGUGAACAACAUUGAAAGAAAGAAGGCGGACGUACAUCACACCCCACCACUGCGGCGGCUUGACGCACUCUACCUCCAACUCAUUGGAGGGGUGCAGGCUUUCAUGACGCACAUGGCGGUCACAUUGGAAUGCACCAUCGCCACCCUCCACACCAAGAUUACGUGGGAGAAAUUCGAGAAGAAAUGGAAGACCCGGUUCAUGGUCAACAACGACAAGCGUCAUGCCUUGAACAAGAUCUUCCACAUGUUUCAAGGUCAGCAACCUUCACGGGAGUGGUUGACGGAGUGGCAAAGACUCGUUGCCACCCCGGAGUUGAACUUACUGUUCGACGCAAUCCGGGCCGAAUUCUUCGCUCGGUCAUGCGACGCCUUGACAGCUGCUCUUGGCAGCGAAUUCCAGUAUGAGACCUUUGAUGACAUGAUCUCAAAGGCAAGGGAGCUCAUACAAGUCUCUCUUACAUCCGAGGAUGACGCGGUAGUCGCAAGUUCUCGUAUUGAUUUCGAGAACUAUGUUGUCAAGCUGGUCCCACCGUUGAACCAGCCUCUCCACGUGCAAGACUCAAGCGCAUGCGCAGUAGUUCCGCCGUCGGCCAACGAACCGGUUGCUUCGCCAACCCUUCUAUCGGAGGAUCCGUCAACUUGGGCGAGUCUUGAGGAACACGACCCGUUGACGGUUGAGGACUUCCAAUGGUUGCCUCUUCCCUCCACCAUUUUUUUGCCAACACCGCAUUGCAAUGCCUUAAUGGCAUAUUUGCGCGGGUACUUGCACGCUGUAGUACCACCUCCAUCGACGGACGACGGAGUAGCGGAUGUUGAUCUUCGCAACUAUCUAGCGAAGAUCGACCGCGAGUAUGCAACGCAACGGUACGUCGACAUCAACGCGCCGCUCCUCUACAUCCGCAUUCAGAUCGGAAAGGCGACCUGCAGUGCCUUGAUCGAUUGUGGAGCGACGCGCAACUACAUCAGCCAAGACUUCAUGGCACGCGCCGGGCUAGGCCCGCGCGUUCGAAGGAAAAGUCAGCCUAUGCACAUCACGUUGGCCGAUGGUCACACGCAAAAGUCAAUCGACCGUUGCGUUGACUCCGUGCCCGUGUACUUUGCCCCGCUAGCAUGUGAGGUCGUUUCAUUCGACAUAUUGGACACUAAGUUCGACAUGAUCUUAGGCAUGUCGUGGCUGCAAAGCGAAGACCAUCCGAUGAACUUUUAUCGACUCACCGUUCAUGUUCGUGAUCGGCGUGGCGAACUAGUCCCGUGUACGGUGCCGCUUCCUCAUCCUUCGAUUGGUUGUCACAUGGUCUCCGCGGCGAGCACUCGCCAAUCCAUCCAGCGAAAGGACAUCGAGGAGAUGGACAUAUGUUUUCUUCACGCCCUCCCACCCGGUGAUCAGCCCAAGACGGAUACGUCGGACCCACGCAUCAUUGAGCUUUUGGACAGCUAUGAGGAUGUCUUCCAAGCUCCCGCCGGAGUCAUACCGGAUCGGCCCAUACGCCAUGGGAUCACUCUCGAGGAUGGCGCCGUACCUCCGCGUGGAUGUAUCUACCGCAUGAGCGAAGAGGAGCUUCAAGUGCUUCGGGCACAACUAGACGACCUCUUGGCCAAGGGCUGGAUUCGCCCUAGUUGUUCGCCAUAUGGUUCUCCCGUUCUCUUUGUCCGGAAUAAGAACAAGGACCUUCGUCUGUGCAUCGACUAUCGGAAACUUAACGUGCAAACAAUCAAGAAUGCCGACCCUCUCCCUCGGAUCGAUGAUCUUCUCGAGCGACUAGGCGGCGCCAAGUACUUCUCGAAGCUUGACCUCAAGUCCGGAUAUCACCAGAUCGAGAUCCAGCCAAGAGAUCGGUACAAAACCGCAUUCAAGACGCGUCGGACACUGGACGAGCACCUCAAGCACCUUCGCGCCAUUCUGGAGCGGCUCCGUAUCACCAAGUACAAGGCGAACCGCGACAAGUGCGAGUUUGCCCAGCAAGAGCUGGAGUACUUAGGCCAUUUCGUUACGCGGCAAGGCAUUUGUCCGCUCACGGACAAAGUACAAGCCAUUCAAGAUUGGUCGGACCUCAAGUGUACUACCGACGUCCGCUCCUUUCUUGGCUUAGCAUCAUACUACAUGCGCUUCGUCAAAGGUUUUCAACAGAUCGCUGCACCAUUGUCGCAACCUCAGUCCCCCUUGGUGCCCUUGGAGUUCAACGACGAAGCCCAGCACGCGUUCCAUACGCUGAAGAUUGCUUUGCUCCAAGCUCCCGUCUUAAGCAUCUACGACCCAACCUUGCCUACCAAAGUGACUACGGACGCUUCCGGCUACGACAUUGGCGCGAAUUUGGAACAGCAUGACGGCACAGACUGGCAUCCGGUUGAGUACUUCAGCCAAAAGGUGCCGCCCAUCAACACUCUUGAUGAUGCGAGGAAGAAGGAACUGCUAGCUUUUGUCACCAUACUUAAGCAUUGGCAUCACUUUCUCCUCGGGCGUCGGCGUUUCACGUGGGCAACGAACACCAAUCCGUUGACGUAUUAUAAGACUCAAGACACGAUGAGCAGCACGAUCGGUCGGUGGAUGUAUUUCAUUGACCAGUUCGACUUCACCUCCAAGCAUAUACCGGGCUCCUCGAACAACGCAGCGGAUGCUCUCUCGCGAAGACCUGAUCUUUGCGCCUUGGUGCACUCCACAUUCGGCCUCGACGAGGACCUGCAACAGCAUUUCGUAAAAGGCUACAAGUCGGAUCCGGGAUUCUCCACACUCUAUGCGGACUUAUCAUCGGAUCACCCGCCGGCAAGCAAUUAUCGCAUUGUCGACGGCUACUUGCUGCUCCAUACACGAGGCAAGGACUUGUUGUUUUGCCACCGGAACAAAGGGCGCCAUCAGCUCUCGUACGGCGAACUGAAACCAUUGCCGAUUCCUCGGGAACCGGGUCUCUCCAUUGAUAUGGAUGUGACCGGCCCUUUCCCACGCGAUCGCCUUGGCCACGACGGGAUUCUCACGGUCGUUGACCGUUUGAGCAAGUACGCUCGAUUUCUUCCAUGCAAGUAUCAUGCGACGGCUCCCGAGAUCGCACGACUUUUGCAUACCGGCUGGUUUUGCAGCCACGGCGUUCCAGAAGACAUCGUCAGCGACCGCGACACUCGUUUCAUGUCAGCCUUUUGGACGACACUCAUGGUGGAAUCCGGCACCAGCAUGAAACCGAGUUUCGCACGGCAUCCUCAAACGGAUGGGCAAACGGAACGUGCGCACCAGACUGCGCAGAUGAUGCUCCACACACUCAUCCGCCUGGAUCAGAAGGACUGGGUUGACCGCCUUCCCGACACCGAGUUCGCCUACAACACUUCGGUGCACCCGGCGAUUGGCGUGACUCUAUUCGAGUUGCAUCACGGUGGACGAAAAGGACGUAUCUUCGCAGACCUCUUGCUUCCACGGGUUGCCGAUGUCGACGCCGCUUGCUCCCCCGCUUCUACACAGAAGUAUAGGGAACUGCUGGCCAAAGCCCGCGCAAACAUGCAAAAGGCUCAAGUCCGCAUGCAGCAGCAAGCAAACCGGCGUUGCAUCCCAUGUCCAAUACGCGCUGGCGACCUAGUUUGGGUCACCUCCGAGGAAUUCGCGCUCGAGCAGCACGUCUCGCGCAAGCUCCUCCCUAAGUGGUAUGGACCAUGGAAGGUCACUUCAGCAGCUGGCUACGACCCCGCGGGUCCAUCUUUCAUCAUUGAGAUUCCCCCGCAUUUGACGGUCCACCUGAUAUUUCACGUUUCAAAGCUGGCGGUCUACACUCCAGCCUCCGCAGCGGACUUCCCGGGCAGACGGUCACAGGACCCUCCUUCAAUGGAUGGUCAUCAGGAGGCCGAACGCGUCCUCGCUCAUCGCAAGCACGACAACAAGCCAAUGCAGUACAAAGUUACAUUCAAGCAAUGCGAUCUCGACGACACACGCUGGAUUUCACGAGCUGACCUGAAGGCAACAACACCCCUCAUCUUUGCGCACUACGGAAAACAGUCGCUGGCGAGUAGUCCAGCUAUGGCGCCCAGCACUCUUGCAGGAAAGAUGUGCCCGACAGAGGUCAUGGCGGUCUCCCUUCCCUCCAUUAUCCGGUCCCACAUUCUCAUCACAGAGCACUCCUUGCAAGACGAAGCCAAGGCGCUCUACGUGGAGCCCGACGACGACGAGGGAAGUAUGGCCGAUGACGAAGACUACGGGGUGGCUGACGGGAUUUCCCCAGAAGGAGCAGGGACUGGAGCCACGCCGUUGCCCGAAGGUAGCGUGGGGGCAUACACCCUGAGCUCCAUGCCGGGGAAAGAGAUCAGCGAGGGCAACGAGAACAGCGAGGACUCUGAGCGGGGCAGCCCCAAAACCUCUGCCGCUGUGGACUAAAUAUAUCGAACCUCCAAUUAUCAACCCUGCCCAACAAACGCCCAUCCCAACC